AAUAAUAUUCAUCUUACACCUCACUAAACGUUUUUAAUUAUUGUAUUAAUAAUAAAGUUGAUAGUAAACGGAAAUUUUAAAUGAUCGUUCAUAUGUUUUAAGAUCUUUCAAUGAUAGCUUUUUCUAGGCUUUGUUUCAUUUCUGAUACGUGUGGGUCAUUUCUCCACGAAAAUCCAGGACAAUGGUCGAUGUAUCUAGUUUUGAAACAAGUCAUGUUCAUUCAAGAAGUCCCACACAGUCGGAGAUGAAGAAGGGGAUAAUCGAAGAGAAGGCAAAGACGGUACCAUUCUACAAACUGUUUUCUUUCUCAGAUUCUACCGAUGUGUUGUUGAUGAUCGUUGGUUCGAUCGGAGCUAUCGGAAACGGUCUUGGUUUUCCGUUGAUGACAUUAUUGUUUGGUGAUCUUAUUGAUACGGUUGGUCGAAACCUAUUCACAAACGACAUUGUUGAGUUAAUCUCCAAGAUUUGUUUAAAAUUUGUCUACCUUGGACUUGGGACAUUUGUAGCAGCCUUUCUUCAGGUGUCUUGCUGGGUGAUUACGGGAGAAAGACAAGCUGCAAGGAUAAGGAGUUUAUAUCUGAAGACAAUUCUAAGACAAGACAUUGUAUUCUUCGAUGUCGAAACAAACACAGGCGAAGUUGUUGGUCGUAUGUCAGGUGAUACUGUUCUUAUACUAGAUGCUAUGGGCGAGAAGGUUGGGAAAUUUAUACAGUUGUUUGUAACAUUCUUGGGUGGAUAUGCAUUAGCGUUUGUGAAAGGAUGGUUACUUACACUUGUUAUGUUAACCUCAAUUCCUCUUCUAGCUAUGGCUGGUGCAGCUACGUCGCUUAUUUUCACUAAAGCUUCUUCUCAACAGCAAGCUGCUUAUGCCAAAGCAUCAACUAUUGCUGAACAAACUUGCGGGUCUAUUCGAACCGUUGCUUCAUUCACGGGAGAGAAGCAGGCGACUAGUAGCUACAAAGAGUUGAUAAACUCGGCCUAUAAAUCGAGUGUCAAGCAAGGUCUCUCUACGGGUUUAGGGUUUGGAGUAAUGUUCUUGGUGUUCUUUUGUAGCUAUGCUUUGGCUAUAUGGUUUGGUGGAGAGAUGAUACUCAGAAAAGGGUAUACAGGUGGUGCAGUGAUUAAUGUAAUGAUCAUUGUGGUCGCGAGUUCGAUGUCUUUAGGGCAAGCAGCGCCAUGUCUAACCUCAUUUGCAGCUGGUCAAGCUGCAGCUUAUAAAAUGUUUGAAACAAUAAAAAGAAAGCCAGUGAUUGAUUCUUUUGAUCUAAACGGGAAGGUUUUAGAAGAUAUACAAGGCGAAAUAGAGCUGAGAGAUGUGUGUUUUAGUUACCCUGCAAGGCCUAGAGAAGAGGUCUUUGGAGGAUUCUCUCUGAUGAUCCCAAGUGGCAAAACUACUGCUUUGGUAGGAGAAAGCGGCAGCGGGAAAUCUACUGUGAUCAGUUUAAUAGAAAGGUUCUAUGAUCCGAAUUCUGGCCAAGUGCUUAUUGAUGGUGUUGACUUGAAGGAGUUUCAGCUGAAAUGGAUUAGAGGAAAGAUUGGAUUGGUUGGUCAAGAACCGGUUCUGUUUUCUUCAAGUAUAAUGGAGAAUAUUGGGUACGGGAAAGAGGGAGCAAGAGUUCAAGAGAUAGAAGCAGCUGCAAAGCUAGCAAACGCAGCUAAGUUUAUCGAUAAGUUGCCUUGGGGUUUGGAGACAAUGGUAGGUGAACAUGGAACUCAGCUCUCAGGAGGACAGAAACAGAGGAUUGCAAUCGCUAGGGCCAUACUUAAAGAUCCAAGGAUUUUGCUGUUAGAUGAAGCGACAAGUGCUCUUGAUGCAGAAUCCGAACGAGUGGUUCAAGAAGCUUUAGAUAGGGUGAUGGUUAACCGGACUACUGUGAUUGUCGCACAUCGGUUAAGCACAGUGAGAAAUGCUGAUAUGAUUGCUGUUCUUCACCGUGGAAAGAUAGUUGAAGAAGGUUCACAUUUGGAGUUACUCAAGGAUCAUGAAGGGGCUUAUUCACAACUUAUACGGCUACAAGAGAUAAACACAGAAUCAAGACGAUUAGAGAUUUCAAAUGGACAGCAAGACGGAUCUAUCAGGAAUGAAUCAUCAAGAGGAAAUAGUGUCAGUAGGAUGCAUAAUGAUGAUGGAUCUGUUUCUGUUCUUGGUUUACUUGCAGGACAAGAAAACACUGAAAAGCCUAAAGAUAUGCCCCAAGAUGUGUCGAUUACACGAAUUGCUGCUCUUAACAAACCGGAGGCUCCCAUUCUCAUACUUGGAACCUUAGUAUGCGCACUUGAUGGCGCUAUAUUCCCAAUCUUCGGACUCCUCUUUGCUAAAGUUAUCAUAGCUUUCUUCCAACCACCUCAUGAGCUGAGGAGCGAUUCGAGAUUCUGGUCGAUAAUAUUUGUGCUUCUUGGUGUACUCUCUUUGGUAGUGUAUCCAAUACAUAUGUCUUUGUUUGCUGUAGCUGGGGGGAGACUGAUUCGUAGGAUAAGAUCAAUGUGUUUUGAGAAAGUUGUUCACAUGGAGGUUGGGUGGUUUGAUGAGCCCGAGAACUCGAGUGGUGCCAUGGGAGCAAGGCUCUCUGCUGAUGCAGCCUUGAUCAGGACACUUGUGGGCGACUCUUUGGCUCUAACUGUCAAGAACGUUGCAUCCGCAGUGGCGGGAAUAAUCAUAGCUUUUGUGAUUAGCUGGGAGUUAGCUGUUAUUAUCUUAGUAAUGAUUCCUUUAACAGGAAUCAAUAAUUACGUUCAGGUUAAGUUCAUGAAAGGCUUCAGUGCAGACGCAAAGACAAAGUACGAGGAGGCGAGUCAAGUAGCGAACGAUGCGGUUGGGAGUAUAAGAACGGUUGCAUCUUUCUGUGCGGAGGAGAAAGUGAUAGAGAUGUAUAAGAAACGAUGUGAAGAUUCGAUCAAAUCGGGAACGAAGCAAGGAGUAGUCGCAGGAUUAGGGUUUGGUCUCUCCUUCUUCGUUCUUUACUCUGUCUAUGCUGCUUGUUUCUACGCAGGUGCUAGAUUGGUUAAAGACGGAAGGACAACCUACAACGGUGUUUUUCAGGUUUUCUUAGCAUUGACGAUGACAACAAUUGGGAUUUCUGCGGCGAGUUCUUUCGCUCCUGAUUCAGGCAAAGCUAAGAGUGCUGCUGUUUCAGUUUUCGGAAUCAUCGAUAGGAAAUCAAAGAUAGACUCGAGAGAUGAAUCAGGGAUGGUGUUGGAGAAUGUAAAGGGAGAUAUCGAUUUUUGUCACAUAGAGUUUGCUUACCAAACUAGACCUGAUAUUCAGAUAUUUCGUGAUCUUUGUUUCUCCAUUCGUGCCGGAAAGACUGUUGCUUUGGUCGGAGAAAGUGGAUCAGGCAAAUCUACGGUUAUAUCUCUGUUACAGAGGUUUUACGAUCCAGAUUCGGGUCAUAUCACUUUAGACGGAGUUGAGCUCAAGAAGCUGCAACUGAAAUGGCUGAGAAAACAAAUGGGGCUUGUAGGGCAAGAGCCUGUACUGUUCAACGACACAAUACGAGCCAACAUUGCUUAUGGAAAGGGAGGAGAAGAAGCAACCGAGGCUGAGAUCGUAGCUGCUUCCGAGCUCUGUAAUGCUCAUAAAUUCAUCUCUAGUAUACAACAGGGUUACGAUACGGUGGUCGGGGAGAGAGGGAUACAGUUAUCAGGAGGACAGAAGCAGCGCGUGGCAAUUGCACGUGCCAUCGUGAAAGAGCCGAAGAUCUUGUUACUGGACGAAGCGACGAGCGCGUUGGACGCAGAAUCAGAGCGUGUGGUUCAGGACGCACUUGACCAGGUGAUGGUGAACCGGACCACCAUCGUGGUGGCUCACAGGCUUUCGACGAUCAAGAAUGCUGACGUCAUCGCCGUAGUGAAGAACGGUGUGAUCGCGGAGAAAGGGACGCACGAGACGUUGAUGAAUAUCAAAGGUGGUGUUUAUGCUUCCCUCGUUCAACUUCACAUGAGUGCUUUCUAAUUGAUACAAUCAUACAAAAACCGUAUAUUUUUCAUAAUAAACAAAAGAAAAGAAACAAAUUAAAGACACGAAUUUUUCGAACCAAAUGUUUUGUAUGAAGAAUUUUUCAUUGUUUGUUUGGCCGAAGAAAAUAAUUUUUUUGGUAAGGAGUUGAAUCCAAAUUUGUGCUUUAAAACUAGGGAAAAUUGUCAAAUAUGACUUACAACUUGAUUUCAAAUGCAAAAGUAAACUCAAAAUUGAAUCAAAUGCAAAAGUAAUCUAAAAGACUAUUGAAAUUACAACCCGUCUCUUGUGAACAAACAAAAAAACCGAAUUUUUUUACGUUUCAGAACCCCCGUAAGUCGUCUGUCCAGACAACUUUACAGUAGACGACUUACUGGAAAGUCAUCUAGCCCAGUUCUACUUAGAAAUAAUUUAAAAUUUUUGUAAAAAAUAUUUUGAUAAGUGAAAAAUUGAAAUCAUGUAAUUAACAUAUGUUUUAAGAAAUAUAAAUUAAGAUAUAACAAAAGUUAAUUGUUUUCAACAUAGAUGAGUGAAAGUAGUGAGUCAUGA